AUGGGAGUAUCACCACGGUUGCAACUCCAUAUCACCCUCAAACUAGUGGGCAAGUUGAAGUCUCUAACUAUGCAAUUGAAGCGAAUUUUUGGAGAAAUGCGUGAGUCGGCACGGAAGGAUUGGACAGAUCAUUUGGAUGAUGCCCUUUGGGCAUAUCGGACAGCGUAUAAGACACCCUUGGAGCAAACCCUUAUAAAGUCGGUCUACAGGGAAGCUUGCCAUUUACCCGUUGAAUUGGAACUUAUAAAAGCGUCUUGGGCUAUUAAGCAAAUAAAUUUUGACCCUCAUCUAAUCGGCCAUGAGAGGAAGUUCCAACUAAGCGAGUUGGAUGAAUGGCGCACUAUGGCAUAUGACAAUUCCUUGUUGUACAAGAAAAGGAUUAAGGAGUAUCAUGACCGACACAUCAAACAAGGUUGGACCCCAAGACAAAGAAUUAAGCUAGCAAGCGUCCAUGUGAGCCCUCACCUGAGCUGGAAAAAGAUGGAGUUUGCGCUACAUGAGCACUGGGCUCGGUUUGAGUGA